AUGAAUCAGCACGAUAGAUUCGCAGACAAGAUUUCGUACAGCGGCUCCGCCAAGGCCAACAGCUGCACAAAUUACACCCCGUCAGGUUUCAGUUGCAAUUGUUUUGCCGACGAUUUCGACAUCUCCUCCUCCACCAACAUCAACAUCCAGACGGCAACCGUAAAGAACCAGGACGAUUGCGUGGCCAUCAAUCAGGGUUCCAACAUCUACAUCUCUGGAUUGGCCUGUUCUGGCGGGCACGGUCUUAGCUUGUCCGUCGGCCAGAAGUCAGGAUCUGACAACACCGUCAACAACGUCACCUUCAUUGACUCAUCGGUCUCGAACUCCCGCAUCGGUAUCCACGUUAAGACACAUGCCGAUGGCGGUACCGGCUACAUCAAGAACGUCGUUUAUAAGAACAUACAGAUGUCUGGCAUCACCCGUUAUAUCAUCAACGUCCAGGAGGACUACGCAGGAGGCAGUUCAACCGGUAAACCCAAGAACAACAUCCCCAUCACCGGCUUAGACAUUUCCGGGAUAACCGCCACCACCAGUGAAUCCGACUGCAUCCCUGUGUACAUAUUGUGCGCGAGCGGUGGCUGUAGCAGCUGGACCUGGGGCAAGAUUUCGUACAGCGGCUCCGCCAAGGCCAACAGCUGCACAAAUUACACCCCGUCAGGUUUCAGUUGCAAGUAA